UCCAAGAACUGAACCAAUCACCAAAUGACGAUGGGGCAAAGCCAUUGGGAUGGACUCAUGACUUCUACCGUUACCCAAUCCAAGCAGGUUUGGCCCAUUUUCUAUAUCCAGUCUCGUAGCGGACGCCAAGAGGAGAACUACGAACUGCGACCGUGCGAGUGUGUUUUAGUUGGAUCUCCAUCCAGGAAAAAAAGCAAGUGAUGGCCAAGUGAGGACUUCCAACGACGAGAUGAGAUGAGAUGAAGCCUCAGGCAUAAAAAGGAAAAGGCGAUGACCAGGAAGACGUAGAAAGAUGUUUCCGAGGUUGGGACGUCUGCCUAGACGCGUCGUGUUGACCUGCGUCUACGUUUAUUGCCUCUUGCUCAUCUACCGCAUCAGUGACUCGAAAGAGUACGAGAGAAAGAGGCUGGACAGCGUCAAGCGAAGCCUGAGGGAGCGGGCUCAGCUGAUCAAGGCGGAAUGCAUUGCCCAUCCGCCUCCACUGACAAAGAGCCAGAAGAAUGCCCAGGUGGCAGCGGCGGUGGAUGCCCGAUUGUCGGCCCACUACACCAAGACACAUUUGAAACUGGCGCUCAAUGAUAUACUAUAUUUACCCAGAAACAAUAUUUCCUGGUGCAUUGUUCCAAAGGUAGCUUCAACCUCAUGGUCUAAGUCACUCCUCGAACUAGCAGGCUACACUGAAAAUGACCUCUUGUAUAGAGACAAGCCUCUUCAGACCAUUCUAAGGGACACUUAUAGACCCGUUAAAAUCGACAACAUAAACAAAACGCUUGGAAAUUCCGUGAAGUUCCUCUUUGUGAGACAUCCCUUCCAGCGCCUGGUAUCGGCCUACAGAAACAAACUGGAAGACAGUUACAAGGAGGAAGACGGACAAUACUUCUACAACAACUAUGGCAGAAACAUGGUCGCAAAGUUCCGAGUCAACGAGAAGAAGGAGAACCAAAAGGCGUUAUCUAGUCAAAAUGCCCAAGACGACAAGGAUUCUGACCCUACAGAGGCGGAAUUCCGGAGAGAACCAACUUUCGUAGAAUACGUCGAUUACCUGAUUAACACCGACGUCACGUCCUACGACGAACACUGGAAGCCCAUUUGGCUGCAGUGUCAUGUGUGUGACUUCGAUUACGAUUACAUCAUCAAAUACGAGAAUUUCGAAGAGGAAAUUGGCCUCUUCAUCAACAUCCUCAAAGGUACGACCACAGUAGUCGAAUGACAACUCGAGUACCGACCUCACUGCUUUGGUAGGAAGUGUCACACCUGUGCCCCGUGAAGAUGAAAAGAGCAAUGGAAAAAUCAGCGAGUAAAUGAUUAGCAAAGAAAGUAGUACAUAAAAGCAAAAGUAAAAAUCACUUGAAUUACACUAGGCAGUGGCAUCCCAAUCUCACAACCUAUGUCCUUCAACCCAGUGGAGAAGAGAGAUUAAAUCUGGAUCACCUUGAAACGAACCAAGAGACGAAAGCUGCUGCUGCUGCUGCCAUAGUAACAAGAGAUGAAGAUUCCCCACGAACCCUGUCGGACUGGGCCUGUCCCGUCUUAUCAACAGACUUCUCUUGACCUUGAUCUUCAUAAUUGUUUGAAAGGCAUUAUCUAUUAUCGGAGCUGCUUGUGAUAAUAAACGUUUUAUUUUAAAAAAUCACUGUUUUUUUAUGUAGUGCCUUAUUUGCUUGAGAGAAUUUGAAUUCCAAAAAAUUACCUACAUUUUGAAACUUGGCAAAAAAAUUGUAAAAAU